GACCGACCGGAUACAGCUUCCAUCCACCAUUCCCAUCCCUGCAUCAUCCAGCUCCCUUGUACAAUACACAUUCAAUCACUUGUAUAACACCUUCCAUAACAGACAUCAUGGCCGACGGCGGAGGCUGGAGCACAAUCGAGUCCGACGAGGGCGUCUUCACCUCUCUAAUCGAGAACCUCGGCGUCAAGGACGUCCAAUUCGAAGAACUCAUUUCCCUAGAUGCAGACAUAAUCCGUUCCCUAAGCCCCGUCUACGGCGUAAUCUUCCUCUUCAAAUGGCUCCGCGAAACCACCACCACCACCCAACCCACCUCCACCUCCACUCCCCCCUCCGGAACCUACGACCUCAACCCCCCACAAACCCUCUUCUUCGCAAACCAAACCAUCCAAAACGCCUGCGGCACACAAGCCAUCCUCUCCGUAAUCCUCAACAACGACAGCACCUCCCCCACCCCACCCAACCCUCCCAUCCCCCUCGGCCCCGCCCUCACCACAUUCAAAGACUUCACGACCGGCUUCCCCCCCGACCUACUAGGCGAAGCCCUCUCGAACUCAGAACCAAUCCGCACAGCCCACAACGCCUUCGCUCGAUCCUCUCCCUUCGCAGACGAAACCAUCCGCCAGAACCAGGACGACGAGGGCGGUGACGUAUACCAUUUCAUAGCGUAUACGCCUGUGGCAGGGAAAUUGUACGAGUUGGAUGGGUUGCAGCCGCAUCCGAUAUCGCAUGGGGAAUGUGGCAGGGAGGAGUUUCCAGAGAAGGUGAUUGAGGUGUUGAGGGAGAGGAUUGCGCGGUAUCCGGAGGGAGAAACGAGGUUUAAUCUUAUGGCUGUGGUGAGGGAUUUGAGGGUCGGAGCGAGGGAGAUUGGGGAUGGGGAGGCGUUGGAGAGGGAGGAGCGGAAGAGGAGGGCGUGGGCGUGGGAGAAUACAUUGAGACGGUCGAAUUUUGUGGGGUUUAUUGGGGAGGUGCUUAAGGGGGUGGUGGGGGGGUUUGAGGAGUGGGUGGAGAGGGCGAAGGGGGAGACGAGGAAGAAUUUGUUGAGGAGAGGUGGGAACACCGACGUCUGUUGA